AUGACUAGCACCUUCCAUUUUGCCAUCAUCUUCAUGUUAAUACUUGAGAGCAGAAUCCAAUUAUCUGAUGAAAGUGAAUUUUUAGUUGACAGGUCAAAAACAGGUCUCAUCCAUGUUCCCAAAGACCUAUCCCCGGAAAUAACAGUCUUUGAUAUAUCACAAAAUUAUAUAUCUGAGCUUCAGACUUCUGAUAUCCUAUCACUGUCAAAGCUGAGGAUUUUAAUAAUUUCUUAUAAUAGAUUCCAGCAUCUUGAAUCUGUUUUCAAAUUCAACCUGGAAUUGGAAUACUUGGAUUUGUCUCACGACAAGUUGGGGAAGAUUUCUUGCCAUCCUACUGUGAGCCUCAAGCACUUAGACCUUUCAUUUAAUGCGUUUGAUGCCAUGUGCAUAUGCAAAGAAUUUGGUAACAUGUCUCAACUAAAAUUUCUGGGGUUGAGUGCUACACAGUUACAAAAAUCUAGUGUGUCGCCAAUUGCUCAUUUGAAUAUCAGCAAGGUUUUCCUGGUCUUAGGAGACACUUAUGGGGAACAAGAGGGCCCUGAGAGCCUCAAUAGUUUAACACAAAGUCUGAAAAUUGUUUUCCCCACAAACAAAAAAUUCCAUUUUAUUUUGGAUGUGUCAGCCAGCACUGCAGUAAGUCUGGAACUGUCUAAUAUCAAAUGUGUACAAAGUGAUAAUGAAUGUUCUUAUUUCCUAGAUGUUCUGUCAAAACUUCAGACAAACCCCAGGUUAUCAAAUCUUACUUUAAACAAUGUUGAAACAACUUACAAUUCUUUCAUUAGGAUCCUCCAGUUGGCUUGGUAUACACCAUUUAGUAUUUUCUCAAUUUCAAAUGUGAAACUACAGGGUCAACUUGACUUCAGAGAUUUUAAUUAUUCUGACACCUCCCUGAAGGCCUUGUCUAUACACCAAGUUGUCAGCGAUGUGUUCACUUUUCCACAAAGUUCCAUCUAUAGAAUCUUUUCAAAUAUGAACAUCCAAAAUUUAACAGUGUCUGGUACACACAUGGUCCACAUGCUUUGCCCAUCGCGAAUUAGCCCAUUUCUGUAUUUGGAUUCCAAUAAUCUCUUAACAGACUUGGUUUUUGAAAAUUGUGGAAGCCUGACUAGGUUGGAGACACUUUCUUUACAAAUGAAUAAAUUAAAAGAACUUGAAAAUAUAGUUCAUAUGACCAAGGAGAUGAAGUCUCUACAAGAAUUGGAUAUUAGCCAGAAUUCUCCAAGUUAUGAUGAAAAUAAAGAAGAUUGCUCUUGGACCAGAAGCUUAUUAAGUUUAAAUAUGUCUUCAAAUAUACUUACUGACUCUGUUUUCAGAUGUUUACCUCCUAGGGUCAAGGUACUUGAUCUUCACAAUAAUCGAAUAAGGAGCAUUCCUAAAGAAGUCAUGAAACUAGAAGCUUUGCGAGAACUCAAUGUUGCUUUCAAUUCUUUAACUGACCUUCCAGGAUGUGGUGCUUUUCGCAGCCUUUCUGUACUGAUCAUUCACCAUAAUUCAGUUUCUCACCCAUCAGCUGAUUUCUUCCAGAGCUGCCACAAGAUUAGGUUGAUAAAAGCAGGCAACAAUCCAUUCCAAUGUACAUGUGAGCUAAGAGAAUUUGUUAAAAAUAUAGGCCAAGCAUCAAGUGAAGUGGUAGAAGGCUGGCCUGAUUCUUAUAAGUGUCACUACCCAGAAAGCUAUAAGGGAACACUGCUCAAGGACUUUCACGUGUCUCAAUUAUCCUGCAACACAGCUCUGCUGAUGGUCACCAUUGGGGCGGCUGUGCUGGUGCUGGCUGUCACUGUGACCUUCCUCUGCGUGUACUUGGAUCUGCCCUGGUAUCUCAGGAUGGUGUGUCAGUGGACCCAGACCCGGCGCAGGGCUAGGAACAUACCCUUAGAGGAACUCCAAAGAACUCUCCAGUUCCAUGCUUUUAUUUCGUACAGUGAACAUGAUUCUACCUGGGUGAAGAAUGAACUGGUACCUUGCCUAGAAAAAGAAAAUAUUCGGAUUUGUCUUCAUGAGAGAAACUUUGUUCCUGGCAAGAGCAUUGUGGAAAAUAUCAUAAACUGCAUUGAGAAGAGUUACAAGUCCAUCUUUGUUUUGUCUCCCAACUUUGUCCAGAGUGAGUGGUGCCAUUACGAACUCUACUUUGCCCACCAUAAUCUCUUUCAAGAAGCUUUUCAUAACCUAAUCCUGAUCUUGCUGGAACCCAUUCCACAGUAAUCCAUUCCUAGCAAGUAUCACAAGCUCAAAAGUCUCAUGGCACAGAGUACUUAUUUAGAAUGGCUCAAAGAGAAGAGCAAACAUGGACUUUGUUGGGCCAGCCUAAGAGCCGCCAUUAACAUUAAGUUGAAGGAACAAGCAAAAGAAGUAGCUCACACAUAG